CAUAGGCGCGAAUAGAAUAAGGAGUGGAAGAAAAAAGGCAGCAGCGGGGUGGAGAGCGCUGGCAUCAGCGAGGGCUGCGAUCGCAGAGAGUCUCGAGGGCGGCGAGUGCGAAGGCGGCGACCGCCGGAGGAGUAGGAAGAAAUUGAUAUUGCAAAUUUUGUCUUGAAAUUGGGCAGUGCCAGUCAGAGCUGGAUUCAAUAAAGGUCAUCCGUGUAUCAAUGCCAAAGUGAACACCGGUAAAAUGGCUUCAUACAAAGAAUUACCAAGAACUGCUCAAAUUCGCCUUGUAAGUUCCCAUCAGGAGGUUUAUGAACCAUGUGAUGAUUCUUUUGCACUGGUUGAUGCUCUUCUAGCUGAUCGCAGUAACUUGCUGGAACAUCAUCCAUCAUUGUGCAUAGAGAUAGGCUGUGGAAGUGGAUAUGUCAUCACUUCCCUCGCUCUUAUUCUGGGGCAGGAAGGUUAUGGUGUCAACUAUUUUGCAACCGAUAUCAACCCUCAUGCUGUGGAGGUGACCCGAAAGACUAUGGAAGCACAUGGGGUUGGUGCUGAGUUGGUAGUAACAGAUAUUGCAGCUGGACUAGAGGAGCGUUUGGCAGGGUUGGUUGAUGUUAUGGUUGUGAACCCUCCUUAUGUGCCUACCCCUGAAGACGAAGUUGGUGUUGAAGGUAUUACCUCAUCUUGGGCCGGUGGGGAGAAUGGCCGAAGUGUUAUAGAUAAGAUUUUGCCGGUUGCAGACCGUCUUUUGUCAGAAAAGGGAUGGCUAUACAUGGUGACCCUCACUGCAAACAAUCCUUCUGAGAUAUGCCAACAAAUGAGAAAGAAAGGAUAUGGUUCUAAGAUUGUUGUCCAAAGAUCCACAGAGGAAGAAAGUCUCCAUAUAAUCAAGUUCUGGCGGGAUUUUGAUAAUGGAAAGGAUGAAACAAACCAAUCUGAUUCUAGGUUCAUAGGCUCCUUGCUUACACAUAUUCCUUUAUUUUCAUUUUGGAGAGGCACCAAUAGUGACAACAAGUGUUGAUUGAGAAAACAAAUGAUUUCUGAUGCUAGGAUGUUUUGUCUGACAACUGUUAUGUUUGCAUUGCCAUGGCAUUCAGAAGGCCUUAUAAUUACAACGACCAAUUCUCCCUGUUAGUUGAGGUCAGCUUGAGCAUCAAUUGACUAGCAUCAAAACUUUGUGAAAAACUAAUUUUUCACUAAAAACCACUUUUAGCAAGGUCUUUCUUAGUAGUUUCUUCUUAUA